CAUGACUCGAACUGUGUUUCGAGUGUUGUCCAAGCUUUAGUAACAGUUUGACCAGACGUUGAAAAGACACACAUAAGUCAGGGUUGAGAUCUAUGACUUGAGCCUGCUGUUUCUGCUCGCUUGCCAUAGCGCUAUAGCAACAGUUUGACCAGACACUGAGAAGACACACAUUAGUGUUAAGGUCUAUGACUUGUUUAGCGUGUUCUGCUUUCGCUCGCUGGCCUACAGGUCGUGAGUGUACCCCUCUUUGUAGUUCUUUUCUUGGGCUUUGACCCAUUUUCAACUAUGUAGUAAUCACAUCUAGAUCUAGUAGCGUUUACAACUUGAUCUUUAUCCGAACUUGUUUCCAUCGCUAGUUGACUGUCGCGCUCUCCCCUCCCCUCCUCCAUUUUGUUUACGUUUAGUGUCAACGCACGAGACAGGCAUCCGCGGUCACGGUUGAUGUAGCAGGAGACAGUCGAUUCAUAUGCAAAACGUACUGUGCAGCCAGACUAGUAAAUAGGUUACGUUUGAAUCAAGACCCAAGUAGGGCUUAGUGGUGCAGGUUUACAAGACCUACCUACAUACUCUAAAUAGCCCCUCCCCCCUCCCACGUAUCAGUUUGUUUAGACAAGACCGCAACUGUUGUCCUGCUUUAGUCAGUUCAGACAGACGUAGAAAGAAUUAGAGACCUCUGAAUGUUAGCAGCUAAUUAUUACUUGUUCAAACCUUUUUCUUCUGGGAGUGUUUUCACUACUCUGUUGUUAGAACAACACUUGAUGUCUUGUUAGUAAGACCAGUGUUCUGUUUAUUGAAACCAAACAUGUUCUUUAAUGCUAAAAGACAACAUUGUCAAGUAUACAAACACUUGAAGUGUGGUACAGGACGCACCAUCAACUGAUGACUUUUGGUCAGAUGAAUGUUUUUGAAAUGUGUGUUGAUAUAAUGUGUUCCUAAUGAAGGAUUUUUGUAACUUUGUAGUGUGCUGAAACUGAAAAGAAAUAAAUUUCCAACGAUGGAGAGGUCAGAGUCAGGGAGUAAGAGAUUUGGACGCUACAGAAAUAUAAUGCAAAGCCUCAGACGAAGGCUUAGCUUUCGGAAGAAAAAAGACCAUGUUCCAGAAUGCUCUAAGCCUCAUCAGUGGCAGGAAGAUGAAAAGAAAGUUCGAGAAGGAACCUGUAGCUUCCAAGUUCGGUACUUAGGCUACAUAGAAGUCUUUGAUUCCAGAGGAAUGCAUAUAUGUGAAGAAGCUGUUAAAGCUUUGAAAUCAUGUAAGGGAAAGUAUCAGAGAGCUGUAUUAUAUGUGUCAGGUGAUGCCCUGAGAGUGGUAGAUGAAAUUAGCAAGAGCAUGAUUGUGGACCAGACCAUUGAGAAAGUCUCCUUCUGUGCACCAGACCGAAACCAUGAGAAAGGCUUCGCCUACAUCUGUAGAGAUGGAACAACGAGAAGGUGGAUGUGUCAUGGCUUCCUGGCUGUGAAAGAAUCCAUGAAUGAGACUUGCAUGGGAGAGAGGUUGAGCCAUGCGGUAGGCUGUGCCUUUGCUAUUUGCCUGGAAAAGAAACAGAAGCGUGACAAAGAGACAGGGGUUACAGUGACCUACAACCAGUCCAGGACUUGCUUUGAGAGAACUGGAUCCUUCCGUCAGACAACUCUUACUGAAAGAAUAGUUGACCCACAGAGUGCUAUUCUUGCAGAACCUGUUCCACUGAGAGCAGCCAGCAACCCAUAUGCUGUUCAGAGACCACAUGCAACACCCAAUCUAUUGGAACGCCAGGGCUCAUUCAGAGGGUUUGAGAAGCUCCAAGAAGUCUCUUCACCAUUCAAAAGAACUCUGUCAUUGAGGCUGAAUGAGCUGCCCUCCACUUUGCAAAGACAGAAUGCUGUCAUGGAAUCACCUACACAAAAUGGCAAUGGUGCUGUUGGAGGUACAAUCCCAGAAGUGUCCCAGGAGCAGGAAGAUUCUAUUGCUCAAAUGUGCCAGCAACUGACUCAAGGCUUGACAGCACUCACUUCGGAUGAUCCAUUCUCAAGUGCCCCUGUCGCACUGACCCAUCAAACAUCUUUACCCACAUACUUUCAGAAUCAUGCCCCACUAACACGGCAACACACAUUGCCUGCUUCACAAAAUGCGAGUAUCAAUCCAUGGGGAGCAACCAGUACAUCUCAGUAUGCUCCCACAACAUGGGGUAUUGCAACAGUGGCUGCUGGAACUGGCCAGUCUAGCACCAACAAUCCCUUUGUUACCACCACUGCACCAACAUAUCCAGUCUCAGCAACAUUUAAUGGCACACAUCAGACACUCCCUCAGCAGACACAGUCGGGGGGAACACUUCAGCAGCAGCAACAUGCGUUUGCCCAUGGUCGCAGCCAUUCCAUUGACACUGGGGAAAUGUCCAGCCAGCAUUGGCAGCAGACCUACCAGCUAAGGAAGCCAGACAGCAGCAGUUCCUACCAGUCCCAAAAUGGUGCUGUAUCAUCCACCUCCUCUGCCAGUUCCUCUAACCUGUGGCCUACAUCGGCACCAGCGGCACCUUUCACAUCUGCCCCUGGCCCAGGAGUGGAUCCUUUCGAUGUUGCCUGGGCAGCCAAAUCUCUAGGAAAACCAGCGGCAACAUCCACUAACACACUGGGGAGCAAAUCUGUGAAGCAAUUUGAAGUGAAGUUAUAGUGUCAGAACUAGGACAAUGUUAAUCUACAGUUGUAAUCAUCUGAUUUACUCUCACCUUGGACACAUUUUGUAUCAUUUCCGUGACGCAGCACUUCAGUUUCAAAUGUCAGUGUGGAGGAGGUUUUGUUAACUUACACAAAGAACAGGAGUUAUCUAAAACUAUGGGAUUAUUUUUUUAGUUAAAAAAAACAAAACAAAUGAAUGCUGAGACUUUGUUUUAGAUAAAAGGCUUUUGUUUUGUAAACAUUGACAAGAAAGAUACAGAACUAGAAAAAGCUGUGUACUGCUUUGUAGAUGUUGUUCAUAGUUUGGUUAUUAUACUUUUUGAAUACGUGAAACAAUUUUGUUGAUGAUACUGCUUAUCUUAUGAGUGGGUGAUUGCUUUGUGGUCAGUAUGUCCUGUAUCAAUACAUAAUGUGUAUUCAAAUGAAAUUAUGUUGAUGGGCACUGUCUGAUUGAGGAGUUGUCUUUCAGUUGUUUUUUUUUUUACAAACCUUUUUUUUUUUUUUCCAACUAAAAAUGUGAGCUUAGUUGACUUGUAGGUCUGACCACUGAAAACUGCAUGGAGAAUUCAUUGAUUAGUUUUACUCAUGGGAGAAGUUAUAUUCUGUGAGAAUUGUCAUUUUAAUUGACUCAUUUUUAGCAUACAUUUUUUGUUCCAAUUCACAUUGUUUUAUUUGAUGUCUUGUAUAAUAAACAAAUGAUUAAGUGCACUUUUUUAAAACCAUUUUUAUAUUUAUUUUGUAUAAUGUUUUUUUUUAAUUGAAGUACACAUACAGAGAAAGUAAAGAGACAAAUUCUUGUGUUGUCUUUGUAAACAAUUGAAGAGAUGGAAGUGGAUGGUUUGUAAAAGAGAAAGUGAAGAGAUGAAGGCUUAUUGUUUUUGUUUUUUUUUUAGGUAUUAUUAUUAUUUUAUUUUAGUUUUUUUUUAAAAAGGGGAGUGGUCUUGUCUAUCAUAUUUUUCUAUCAGAACAAAUGAGUGUUAUAGUCUGCUGGCUGAAGUAAUUGUAUUGGGGUGGCGGGGGACUAUAAGGUGCUUGACUUAAACAAGACACUUUUAUGUAGAAGUAGACUGAGGGACUAAUGGAUAGAGCUAGUUUUUUUUGUGUUCCCCUUUUAUCAAAACCCUGUGCAUUUCACCAGCCCAGUUAGUCUUGACAUUUGUAUUUGUUCUCUUUUGUGGUAGAAGUCAAUGUCUGUGAGGCACUUAGUAGAACAGUUUAGAACCACUUGAUAUUAAAACUAUCACAUUCAUGGUUUAUUUUUAUCAUUGACAUAAUAUAUGUUGAGGUGAAGUUUCUCUCAGCAUUGAUAAUUGUGCUAUGAAAUCUCUUGAGACAGUUAUUAGUUAUACAUUGUAUUUCCUUGAACGUUUGUCCUUUCUGUUCAAAAAAUCAUUCCUACACAGUCACUUUAUGGAUGAAUAGAUAUUGAGUCUUUAUUUGGCUGAAUGUUUUAGUGGUGUGAGACUUGCCAGAGCUGCUUUAAUGGAUUUGACAUUAAGAGCUACUGACUUGAAGACAAGUCAUGUAAGAGACACAUCUGCACUUAGUGUUCAAUACUUUUAAAUGUAUUGGCAAAUGAACCAGUAGUGAAUAUGUAUGUUUUUAAGGUUGAUUUGUUCUAACCAUUUUAUCUGUGCAAGCCUCGCUAGUAGAUUCGUAAAAGAAACAAGUGAUCAAAUGUUGCUAGAGAACAAAGUUAGGCACUUGUAUAUUGGUCAGUGCUGUAUUCUAUUAUACAACUUUAGUAUAUACUUCUUUUGUAUAUAACUAGAAAAUGUUGUGAGAAAAAUAUUGCCUAUUAUAAUAUAUAUUUAUAUAAAUAUGUUUUCAAUUUUUUUUUGUGUCGUUUCUUUUUUUUUGUUUUUUCUUUUUCUUAGAGAAUAAGAAAAAUAUAAAAAGCAAAGAGGACAUGAUUUUCUAAUGAGCUCCUAGCUACAUAACCCAGAACAUUCUAUUUGAAAAGAGAUGAGCUGUUUAGCCAGUUUAAGUUUACUUUGUUUUCAGAUUUGAUCAUGAGAAAUAUGUGCACUUAAAGUUGGUGGUGAUGAAAUAAUGUCACCAUUACAAACAUUAGAUGAGAUUGUGCCAUAAAGAGUCUAGUGAAAAAGUGUCAUUACUCCUCACCAGUAGGUGGACAAGUAUGGAAAUCAAAACUGAAAUAACUUGAAACAUAAGAACUACAACUGAGGGAAAAAUGUCAUCUUUGUAGUUAGAAAGAGUUUAAAACUAGUUCUCAGCACUUCACAUGGGAAGAAAAUUGAGUGAUAAACUAUAUAUUCUAUAAUUAUAUAUAUAUAAUACUAUGCUAUUCAGAUUACCUUGUACUAAUGUGGUGUGUGUAAAUGUGUACAGCAUGUCUCAUAUAAAUCUUUCUAUAGCAGAUUACCAUUUGAAGUCUACAUUGUUAGUAUACCAGAAACAAAUCCUCUAUAGUAGACUACCAUUUUCUGUUUGAACUGAUCAUUGUUAGUAUGCUAGAAAUAACUUAAUGCCUUAAUUUAAAGUUGUAGCAGUGAUGAAAUGUCUUCAAGUUGUCUCCUGAAUAAUACCUGUUGCACUAAUCAUCUUGUCUUGUGUAGAUGUACCAAUAGUACUUUCUGUCAGCUGCAUUAAUAUGAGACCAUUCAAAAUGGCUUGCAUGUUAUUAGUUCAUUAAUUUUCUGUAGUCAGAAAAAGAAAUUCUAUCAACAUAGAUGGAACUGACUUUUUUAGUGAGGAAACAGAACAUACCUUUUGUUUCUUUUUAGUCUAAACUUUGUACUGAGUAAUCAACUAUCCAUAUACAAUGAUUUGAAUUUAAAUCGUAUGGUUAAGAAGACUUCAAUAUUUAUUAAUAGCAUUAUAUUAAAAAUCUUUUUUUACUGUUCAAACUUGUUUUUAACAAAAGAAAUUAAACUUAUUCAAUUAAAUUAGAUAUUUCAUUAUCUCCUUUAACUGACUUGUGUCUGAAAAAAAAAAAGUUGUUAUCUGAACAACAUGUAUGAUAAUGCAGUGCCAUCUCAUCUAGAAAAUAGUGGUAAUGGAUUGUGUUUUGUUGCUUUCUGUUGACAGGGAUAUCCUUGUCGUUCUGUGCACCAGGCCUGAAACAGCUUAGUGGAGGAUUGAGUCUGUCCUUCAUGAUACUGUUGUCUAGGUAGUUUGAAGUGCCUGUAUCUUUUAGUGACUUUUUUGUUUUCUCUCCCAUUUAUUCACUGGACACAUUUCUAUUGUGAUGAUUGAGGCUUUCUGUGUUUGAUGGCCAGGUCAGUGUGUCUUCAAUGUCUACAUUAUGCAUUUGUUGUAAAUACAAUUUUUGCCUACCCUGCCCCCCUUUAUGUAUGUACUUGAACUUUCUUUGAUUAGAAUUUUAAUUCCUCCCUACAAUGAUGUUCUUUAAGAAUGAAUUAUAUUUGUUGAUAAACUU